AUGCGAUGGCAAGUUGCCAUGCAGCUACUGCUUGAGACGGCAACGUCCUUCCACGUGUCGAUAUUCUCCGCAACAGAGGCGAAGGGCUCCGGCGCCCCUUCUGAGAACGCCGUCUCCAUCUGUGCACAAUGGCCCAGAUGUUCAACCAGUGGUCUAGUUGAUCUGUUUGGACAUGCGCAGCUCGUCAGCGAAAUCAAGUCUUGGGCUCGUCAGAACCAUAGACUACAAGACGCAGUAUCCGCCACUCAUUAUCUCGUUCUUGCCAUAGGCUACCAGUCUUCCGAGGAAGACCUUGCAUCUUCCUACUUUGAAUAUGCGCGCAACAUCGCCCUUGCAAAUCUCAGCGGGAACAUCAAUGUCCCAACCAUUCAGACGUUCAUUCUAGGAUCGCCUGUGGAAGAGCCUGCGGAGUUGGACGAUAAGGGACAAGAAAUCUUCGAUCUACUCAAUGCCUCAGCGCAAAUAUUCUUGAUCACUGAAGGCAUCGUCGUAGAGGUCUACUCGAGAAGGAAGGUUUCAUAUCAAUUGACCGAGGCGGUAAUCUUAGUCUCACGACCUUUCCUAAUGUAUGAAUUGUACAAGCGACUAGCCGACGGGGUUGCCGAGACACCAACGACAACUUCAGGUCUGACUUCUGGCAAGUCGAAACUUGCUGAUGCGUGUAUCGAUGCCGCAAGCUUCAUGGUCGACAUUUUAGUCGGCCUAGUCGAGAAAGGGGUUCUAAUAGGGCACAUGCCUUUAGUCGUCUCUUGGUUAUUUGCUUCAUCUCUUAUCUUGGGCGUGGGCCUCCUCGGAUCCUUUGGCCGCAUUUUGGAAAAGUACACGCGAAAUUCUAUAUUGGUACUAGAACAUUUUGCGAAAAUCGAUGCCCACGCCUCACAAUACUCGCUCAUUGCAAAGUCAUUACUCAACGCUGCUCUUGAGUAUUUGGAAAAGAAGGAACUCAGAGAGCGUAUGCAGCGUACUGAAAGCUCGUCACAGCUUUUCGGGCUUGUCCCGCGAGAAAGCACUGAAAGCAUCCACAACAUCCAAGCUUCAGCUACUGAGGCCAGUCCGAAUACAAGCACGGAUGGAAGCCUCCUGUCGAAGACAAAUAACUCCGCCUCUGGCUUUUUUGGACUUGGUUCGCCAUCUUUUGUGGACGUAGACGCGUCCCUCUUGAGCCUUUCAUCCUCCUUACCCAGAACGCCGGAUUUAUCUAUGCUUGAUGGAAGAAACGAGAUGGACCAUGGGUUUGGGGAUCUGAACUUGUUCCAGCUCCUCGACGGCGACGGACACAUUGAUCUUGGACCUUAUAUCUAA